GGUUACAUGUGUGCGGAGUUUUCAUGUUCUUCCCAUGUCGUUGUGUAGUUUCCUUCAGGUACUCCGGUUUCUCCCCACAGUCCAAAAACAUGCUGAGGCUAAUUGGAGUUGCUAAAUUGCCGUAGGAGUAAGUGUGUCCUGCGAUGGGCUGCCCCCCCCAUCCUGCGUUGUUCCCUGCCUCGUGCCCAUCGCUUCCGGGAUAGGCUCCGGACCCAGUAGGAUAACCGGUUUGGAAAAUGGAUGGAUGGAUUAUGUAAAUGAUGAUGCAUAAACGUUUUGGAAUAGCUGUAAUAUUAUUUAAAACAUCUAGUGCUUGAAAGUAAACUGAUAAAUAUGUACUUAUAAAAUGGACGAAGUAUCCACCAGUCUCCAAAAUAACUAGAGCGAUGUGGUUCUUAAUCUUACUUGAAAAUAAGCCUUCGGUGUGAGCUUGGACAUACUGCACUCCGGAGUGUAAAAUGGGGGUGUACCUAGCAUUAGCUCCGAGCUGUACCAACAAAAUAUUACCGUUCAGAAUGAUUAAAUUCAGAUUGCAUAUUAUAAAUGUAGCAAUUUCUUUCCAAUGAUAAUUUAACAUAAUUAAAAAGUUUAUGUCUCAUUCGACGUGGCGUAACUAAAGCCCAAAACUGCUCUUCACUUAUGUACACACGCUUAGUAAACGACUGCAGAACACACUUCUCAUAGAUACUUGUUGCAUUAUAUCUGUAAGAGCGCUUAAAGUGGCGCAUGUAAAGAGGGCGGCGCUCCAGGCUGAGGCUCCGAUCGCUACGUCCUCGGUGUGCGUGGAAAGAGAGGAGGACCUAUGCUCAGCAAAACGGGAAGUGAUGUUCAGUAGAGGAAGAGAGUACAGCAACUUUAUCCAGGAAAAGUAUAGAAGUACAUUGAGCUUAACCACAAGCAAGCAGUAGAAAGCGCUGCUUUUCUCACGCUUCGUAGCAUCUCAUGCGCGUCUGCUGACUUUCAGAUUGACGGAUCUGCUCUGAAAUAGGCGCUCACUAUGUCUGAUGGGGACUAUGAUUACCUCAUCAAAUUCCUAGCCCUCGGUGACUCCGGCGUGGGCAAGACCAGCUUCCUGUAUCAGUACACGGACGGCAAGUUCAACACCAAGUUUAUUACCACAGUGGGCAUAGACUUCAGAGAGAAACGGGUGGUGUACAGGCGCGACGGUCCUGAUGGGAUGCCUGGCAAGGGUCAGCGGAUUCACCUCCAGCUGUGGGACACAGCAGGACAAGAGAGGUUUCGAAGUUUGACGACGGCUUUCUUCCGGGAUGCCAUGGGAUUCCUUCUCGUGUUCGAUCUGACGAGCGAGCAGAGUUUCCUCAACGUCCGGAACUGGAUGAGCCAGUUACAGAUGCACGCCUACUGCGAAAGCCCGGACAUCGUUCUGUGCGGGAACAAGAGCGACCAGGACGAGCACAGGGAGGUCAAAGAGGAGGAGGCCAAGAAGCUGGCAGAAAAAUUUGGAAUCCCGUACUUCGAGACGAGCGCUGCCAGUGGGCACAAUGUGAGCCAAGCAGUGGAGGCUUUGCUGGACCUCAUCAUGAAGCGAAUGGAGCGCUCUGUGGACAGGUCCUGGGUGCCAGCGAGUGUCACGCAGCCCAACGGGCACAGCGGCACGGAGAAGGUCAAGGAGGAGUCAGAGGCGAGUGCGGGAAAGUGUGCCUGCUAGCUUAACCGUCCACCCCCGCCACCCACGCUGCCCACAGCCCACGUCUGUCUUUCACUCGCCUUGAAUUUGGGUGGGGAAGGGUUUGAAAACUGGAGGGGGAGGGGGGGACAAGAGCUAUAUUCUGUUAACCAAAAAAGACACUGGAGUUGUCAGUCUUUUACUGACUUUGUCAGCAAAGCACACAAAAUGGCCCUAUAUCUGGAGACCCACUGAGUCGCCAUGGCGACAGGCUCUGUCUGUGCAGGUGCAUCAUGGGAUUCUGGACUUAGUCUCGGUUUAACUGCUGGUCUUUAGUUUUCUACCGCUGUGCCAUUAAAUCUCUGACAGCAGCCUUAAUUGAGGAAAAGACAUCAAAUUUAAACAAAGACAAGAGUGACAAUAAGUGAUCAUAUGAUGCAUUUUAAUACAAAUAUUUUUAUACAGCAAACUGAUGCUACAUAAACAUAUAAACAGAUACUAUAGUACCUGCUUAUAUACUGCACAAGUGCAAAUGUGACACGUGUUACAUACUGUUGCAUUAAAUAAUAUUGUAUAACAUAACAGUAUAGAACACUGUGGAAGUUUGGUAUCUGAUAGAGCCGUGCCAUUGAAGCAAGUUUAAUCAGAGCUGCAGCCACACUUUGGCAGGUACCAUGAUAAGGGGUCAUCCUAAAGUUCCCUGGCUCUCUCUUUUUUUUUUUUUUUUAAAUAAAGGAAAAAAGGUUUUGAAGUUGUGCUUGCAUGCCAUGAAUGAAUGUCAGCUGCUGUCCUGUUGGGUUCUGGGUGUGGUUUCUGUUGCUCAGUCUCUGCAUGGGUUUCCAUGGUUACGACAGACCCACAGCUCGGUGCCCUGACACUGGGCUCUGUCUCAUUACGGGGAAUGUUGGUAAAUGUGUGGGGUGAUCAUUAUCUGUAAUGCAAUUCAAAUCUGUUGUAUCAUCAUGUUUUAAACACUGUAUUAAUUCCAAAACACUGUCCCGAUGCCAAAUAUAUAAACUGUAUUCUUUAAUAAAAAUCAUUUAUUUUAUUUAUUAAAGUUACGUGAUAAGGUUUAAAUGUA